AUGAGUACUCGUCGUCAAACUCAUCAUUCUUCCCGUAAUCACACUUCUUCAACCAAUUAUCGCAAUCAGCAACAACGUCAACAACAACGAGGCUAUAAUCCGCGUAAUGAGGAUGAUCAUGACGAUGAGGAGAAAGAGGAUGAUGUGUUGAAGUUUUUGAAAAUAAGAACUUAUUAUGCUCCUCCUCAAGAUGAAAUCGAUUUCGAAGAAGUAGUUGCUGAUGUAGAAUCAAAUAUGUGUGGUAUAUGCCAAUUUGAAUAUGAAGACGAAGAGAAUAUAGGAGAGUUGCAGUGUGGACACGAAUAUCAUACAGAUUGCAUCAAACAGUGGCUGUUGAGGAAAAAAGAUUGUCCGAUAUGCAGAGCUUCAGUUUUGCCUUCACAAGAACAGAGAUGA